AUGUUUAUUGCCAUCAUUCUGUCUUACCGCACAGGUGUUAAUUUUGAUUUUCUACAGUGUGUGUAUGCAAUUGCUCGAAUAGAGAUAAGACAAAUGGAACCGGUGGACGGGGCCGCAGGAGUUGGAGGAAUUUGGACGGCCAUUGAUGCAUUUGUGGCCUGUGGAAGCUCCGAAGCCGGUGUGUUUCUGCGUAAUGUACUGCGUGAAGCCGCUCGCUCGUCGGUAAUCACCACCACCAGCCCGCCACUUUCCAUGUUGGCAGACGCAUGCGCGCGGUUUAAUACCAACGGAAUACCCCUUUCCACAUUGCUGCUUGUGGCAAUACUUAAUCGUAUCUUCUGUAUGCAGGAUGUGGCAGCCGCUCUUGCUCUACCCGUUAAUGGUGGCAGAUCCUCGAUUUCCAACGAUCUAUUGCCUUUUUACAAAAGCUACCUGGAUGCCUCAAUUGGACUCCCAGAGAGCGUGAAAUCACAGCUAUAUCUUUGCGUGUCGUCGCUGCUCGUGCUUCAGGUGUCUGGUAUGGACGUUGUUGAGGCCCUGCUAUCGCAGUUCGGUGGUACUGUGCCGGCAGAUGAAGAGGGCUUCCGUUGCUUCAUAAAAAUUUUCUCCGGUUGUAUGAUGGUGAUAAGCGAUCGUCGUAUUCCAAUGGGUCCGGUGCAGCGCUCAAAGCAGCGGUUGCGUCUUCAGAGGAACAUCCAUCUCCUCCUCAUGUGUGCGCCCUCCAGUACGGAGGAGCUGAAGUGCCUGUGCGUAACUGUGUCCCAAGCUGUAACUUUCCUCUCGGAAUGUACCUUACAGGAUCCACAGGAUACGUCACCACUGUUUUGGAAGCAUCUCCCCACCUCGUCCUUUUGGGAAGCUGUCAUUCAUCACCUGCGACAUGGGAUAAGCGGGGAGGAGAUAAUUAGUGCUGCGUGCACGGUCAUACGUGCGGUGUCUCACGUUGACGAUUCAACUUUUCCAGUGUUGAUGUCUGCACUGCUUGCGGUAAGUGGAACUGAGGGCGUAACUGUUCCUGUACUGUACACAUGUCGCGUUAUCGCCGCUGCGAUGGAGUCGUCCGUUGAAACAGUAGUGUUGAAUUUCGAUCCCGACCACGCGUUAUAUAGGCAGCUAGCGCACGGCGCGCAUGUACUGGAGGGCAUACUCGAACAGCAAGUGACACUGCUGGCGAAUCGGGUGUCUGCAGUGGCAACUGAAACGGAGGAGAUUGUGCUCGUAGUAUGUGAAGGACUUCAGGUGAUUUCACAAGUCCUCGCGCCUCUCCCCAUACCGGAAAUGGACCCCACAGAUGACCCUAGUGAUUAUGACAUGAUUGUGGAAGACAUCCGGUACAAGAAUGAGCGAAAGGAACAUGCGCUUCGUGUACUGCGUGAUUUUUUUGAAAGGUGUCACGCCUCCCUGCUGAGGUGGAUGAAGCAUGUCGAUGACCGCGAUGUGUGCGAUAUUGUUGAUAAUUUAUUGUCGAGCGAUGUUGAUGAAUUUUUUGUGCAGUACGAUGAGCUCCCCAUAGCUCUCUUUGCCACAUAUGAGCGUUUGUGCAGUUUAUUAUGGAGGCAACCGUCGUCGCAUUGUGUCCCGCAGUGCGCUGAGCUGACUCUUCUCGCGUCAGAGGGGUUUCUUGCGACAAGCGCGUGGGAUGUUAGCCUAACUUAUCAGUCACUUGUGUUCUCUGGAAGCGACUCAGCGUCGAAGCAACAACGGCUACUGCGAAGUUCACUCCUCGUUCCUGUUGUUGUUCGUCGACACAAGGACAAGUGGAGCGCUGGUGAAACGGCCUCCGUUAUUUGUUCACUUGUAGAGCUGCUGCGGUGGGCAGUUACGUGCAAAAUCGACGUUAAGUGUGUUGCCUCUAUUAGUGAAGGUCUCCGUAACCUACAAACUAGUGCAGAACCAACCCUAAUGGAGUCGCUUUGGCUGGGCCUUCAUCUUGACUGUGGUGAGGACAAGACGGCUCGUUGGAGUCUCGCGUCUCACCUCGGUUCCUUUUUAUCUCCUGGACUCCUACCUGCUCUUUUACCUUUUGAUGAUUGCACACAGUUAAUCUUAAUUUCUCAUUCGGUUGGUUCCGUUGGCGAUGUGUGGCGUGCCAUGGGUGUACUGCAACGUGUAGAGCCUGAUGUGGCUUACGCUUACAUGUCAGCAGACAGAAUAGUAUCGUGGUUGCAUAAUUAUAUUUCCCAGGGGUCCGUAACAACACCCCAAGACCGACAGGUGGUUGCGCAGUACACUGAAACUUUGGGACAAUGGUGUGCAGCCAAUCCUUCACACUUCCGCGUCGCGUGGAGGUUAAGUAAACCACUGGGCCCUGAAGCGGCAGCGGAAAUCUUAGCUGACUCGUUGGAAAUGUAUUUUAUACGUGUAAUUAAAGAUAAUAGCAUGAGCUGGCUCGAUGAGGGGGAUUACUUUUCGCCAUACGUACUCGACACACUCGCACAGAGUGGUCAUGCUCCGCGCCUACUGCGCGUUCUGAAGUACGUUAUCCGAAUACCAGCAACAUGCAUCAGUACGAGUGAUGCACCGUACCGUUUGCAGGCUGUGGUGCGUGGCGGCAACACGCUUUUGAAGGGAGGUCGAUGCACUAAUGAGAGUUUGCUCGAAUUGUUUUAUGAAGCAACUGUUGAGUAUAGGCGGCUUAUACAGAGCCUCGUGGCAGAUGUGACGUAUGAUCUAGAUGAGGGAGAUAAGAGGGAGGACAAUCACGAAUGGUUGCUUGCAGAGCUUUCGAAGCUUGGGAGAGUAGCGCAACUUGUGUUUUCCCUCCCAGAGGGUGUCCCGCAGUGGCUGCAUGAAGUGCGAUGCGCCGUUGACGAGUUCGAUGUGAGACGGGUGCUUAAAGGGAAUUAA